UCAUCCGUAGAAACAACAGACGCCGAAUCGAAGAGACGCCUAACGAUAUUAGGUAUUAAAUUACACCGCUGUUGGCUUGGAGAGCAUGUAACAAGAGUGGUGUUUAAUAUUCCAGCAUGCAUUUCAGUGUCUGCGGGGUUCUGUUGCUGCUGGCAGCAUCAGUAGCCCUCGGCCAAGCUCAGACGAUAAGGUUUCAAGACACAGCAGUGAGCAUAUCAGAAGGCGAUGUUGCGGAAGUGAGAGUGGAGAAGGUUGGAGCCAGCACCCAACAGAUCAACGUGGUAGUAAAGAUUCAAGAUCCAAAUAAUGAUUUCUUUGAGACAUCAAAAAUUCUAACAUUUGAUGCGGGGGACUCCUCCUCCUCCGAGACCGCAUCAUUCGCUUCACGGGAUGAUGACCUGCCGGAACCUGCGGAGGUAUUUGUCUUGUCAUUGGAAGUUAUAAGCAAUGGGGCUAGUAUUGGGAGCCCAAGUCAGGCACAAGUCACCGUGGAGGACAGCGAUGAUGCCUUUGGAAUCAUUGGAUUCGAUAUGAUAUCUCCAUUGUACGUGAAUGAGGCUGUAGAGAGUGAUAAUCCUGUUCAGUUCUCACUCAUAAGAACUGCCGGUCUCUUUGGCACUGUGGCGGUCAACUAUCAGAUAUCAGGUGGUCCGAAUGCAGCAAGCAAUGACCUUUCACCUGUGACAUCAUCUGUUACAUUCCAAGAAGGCGACUCAUCAGCAUCGUUCAUUGUGUCAGUCCUAGCAGAUGAGGUUCCUGAGAAUGAAGAGACUUUUAAUAUUGUAUUGACCAGUGUGACCGGUGGUGCUCGACUCAAUUCUUCGACCUCGUCUAUCCAAGUGAUCAUAGAGGAGAAUGAUAGUCCCUUGCGCUUUGCCCAGCCUCUCUACGUCUUUGACGAGGAUGCUGGCAAUGUCUUUGUCGAGGUCCUGAGAGGAUUGGCCGCAGAUGGCCAGACAAGUCUUGGUCCUGUUGGCGGUCUGGUCACUGUGAAUUACUACCUGACACCCAGUGGUGCCGAGAAUUUAGUGGACUAUAUAGCGACCAACGGCAGUAUCAUCUUUACAGCAGGUGAAACCAAGAUGCCUAUCAACAUUGUGAUUUUACCAGAUAGUAACCCUGAACUUAGUGAAGACAUUGUCAUCACAUUGAUCAACCCAUCUGAUAAUGCAGUCAUUGCUUCUCCAUCAAGUACUGUUGCGCGAAUCCGUGCAAACGAUGACCACAAUGGCGUCCUCUCCUUCAAUUCUUCGGGAUCUCUGUACGUAGUGGUCGACGAGGAAACAACACGGAUUGUGAGAGACUUUGUGGUUUUGAGGACGGGAGGUGCCUUCGGAGAGGUGACCGUCGGGUACCGAGUGCUGCUCAACACCUCGCAGACUCAAGAAUCCUCUGGCAUUGUCCGAUUCCAGGAUGGGCAGCGGUCCCAGGAGCUCACCAUCCCGAUUCCUCAGGACAGUGUCCCAGAGGAAGCUGAGGUAUACAUUGUCCAGCUCUUGCCUGAGACUGUCACGGGAGGGGCCAGGGUUGAUGGUGUCAUAGAGGGGACAUUGGUUGUCCGUGACAGCGAUGACGUCUAUGGAGUCCUGCAGUUCUCUUCAGACAGUGACCAGUCCAUCGUGGUCAGUCCUCAGCCUAGGAAAUUGCAGCUCCUCAUGACAAGGAGCGGAGGAAGAGUUGGAGAUCUGCUUGUCACCUUCAACGCAUCAUAUCUUCUGAUGGAUGGAUCUACAGAUGAAACCGAAAAUGUCUUAGAGACUGCAGGCAGUAGUACAACAGUAUUCCUUGAUGGCACUUCUGUCCAUCGCUUUGAGGUUCCGAUCCGGGCCAAUGCUUUCCUGAGUCUCGGAGCACAGUUCGUAAUCACACUGGUGGAUGUGUCGCUGCUCAGUCCAACUCCCAUCCUGCCACCGACCAGCCCUCGCAUCGGGUCAAAGGUCACGGUAUCUCUUCCUGUAACAGCGGCUAUUGCUAAUGGAGAGAUUGGCUUUGAUACGUUGGGCUUGGUUGUGGAUGUACGGGAACCACAGGGCCCAAAUCCUUAUGAACUAUCACUGAACUUGACCAGAGAGGGUACAUCAGGAGAAGCAGUGGUACUCUGGAGGAUCGUUGAUCCACCAGGAUCAGGGAACGUUGCCUCUGAUGCUGACUAUGGCUUCCCCAACGGAUCUGUCAGGUUUGCCCCAGGUGAGGCUAUGCAGGUUCUGACAGUUGAAAUCUUACCCGAUGAGCUAGCAGAAACAGACGAGAUGUUCGGUGUGGAACUAUACCAAGUAUCACCAGAGAACCAGCUUCUCCGCGCUGGAGACACCAUCGCCACCGUCAUCAUCCUCGAAAAUGACAACCCAGGUGGUAGCUUCGAGUUCUCCGCCUCCACAGCAGGACCGUACAUCAUCUCAGAAGGCGGGGAUGUCGUCCAGAUCAGAGUGGAGCGUACCGGCGGAAGCCUAGUCCAGAGGAGCGUUCUAUUCUCCAUCGAGGGUGGCGGAAGCGCAGAGUUCUUUGGUGCCCAGGGCCUGGCAGAGUUUCCACCUGGUGUCCAUACCUACACCAUCACCCUUGCAGCGGUUGCUGAUGGCACCCCGGAAUUGGAUGAAACUUUCUUCCUGGCUCUCUCCCCGUUUGGCAGCCCUGCCAGCAAACUUGGUAACCGCACCGUGAUAGAGAUUACCGUCCUUGGCAAUGAUGAUCCCUAUGGUGUACUUGAAUUCCAAGAUGACCCAGCCUUGAUCUACAUCGAUGAGAGCACCAGCAGUAACAACCAAACGGCUCAGUUUGCAGUGGUGCGGUCAAGAGGUACCUUCGGAGAAGCUUCUGUGUCUUGGAAUGUGGCACCUGCAGGAUCAUUCUUUGACCUUGUUCCCACCCAGGGUAUUGUCACGUUUGGACCGGGAGAGAGUCUCAAGUACAUCUCUAUCACAGCUCGCAAUGAUCAGAUUCCCGAAGGUUCAGAAAGUUUUACAGUCAGUCUGUCCAACCCAACCGGAGGAAGCCGUCUUGGAACCCCUACAACAGCCACUCUCAACAUCAAUAAGAAUGAUGAUGCUGUUUUCUUUGAAGAUCCUGUUAAUGUAACUGUAAGUGAGCCUGGUGCCGUGACCCUGACCGUCUUGCGGAACAGCAGCGGAGACACUGCAGCAACCGUUGACUUCCGAACACUACCAGGCACGGCCCUGUCAUCCAGAGGCGACUUCGCAGAGACAAGUGGCCAGCUGAGCUUUCCCGUCGGAGUCACGGCGGCCACCAUCGAUCUACUGAUCUUGGAGGAUGCAGAACCUGAAGAUUCGGAAACGUUCACAGUUCAGCUCUUCAACCCAGUCGGUGAUAUUGUAGUUUAUGGCUCUGGCGUAGCAACCGUAACCAUAGAAGCUAACGAUGAUCCAGGAGGCGUGUUCAGCUUUCAAGAACCGGUUGAAGAUGUUGUUACCAAUGAGGAGUCCGUCCUGAACUUUGUAGUCGUAAGAGAGCGUGGAAGCUUUGGAAUAGUCCAGGUGAAUUGGGUCGUGACGACCAACACCUCGUCCCCGCUCUCUGAUAACGAGGACUUCGAGGAGGUCGGGGGUUACGUAGAGUUUGCGGCGAGUCAGAUCCAGGGAACCAUCACCCUCCGAACGCUGGCGGAUGGCAUCCCAGAGUUCAAUGAAAACUUCUUGCUUACGCUGACAAGUACAGAUGGCGGAGGAAGACUAUCGACAAGCCAGCCCCUGUCGGCAUCCAUCGAGAUCUUGGUGAACGACGACCCGUACGGUGUCCUGGCUUUCUCGUCCUCCUCCAGGGAGAAGGACGUCGCCGAGGACUUCUAUCCCGGCGAUGAGGACUUGGCAACAGCCACCUUUACUGUGCAGAGACUCCAGGGGACGUCAGGGUCUGUUGGGGCUGUUUGGGAGCUUUACUCAGAUGCCAUCUCGGGAAACCUUCCUACCGUCAUCGACCUCCUUUUCCUUGGUGAAUACAACCCUUCUAAUGGAGUAAGUCUUGUGACCGGGGAACAGCGUCAGUACACCGGCACACCCGUCUACUCCUUCAGCGGCCAAAUAUUGUCACUGAUGACCAUACCCCAAGUCUACCACCCCUCCCGCACCGACACCGCUGCAGGUUUUACCCUGAGCGCCUGGGUGCGCCCUAACCAGGGAUCCGAUGGCUUCAUCAUCUCAAAGGUGUCUUCCUCUGCUGCCGGUAUCACUUACUAUGGUCUCAGGCUUGGGACCCAGUCCAGGACCACCUCCCUGGAGCUGCGCUACUCCUCCGCAGCAGUGACGAACUCUGUCCUGGGAAUAACUCGAUUUGAUUUGGAACUUGUUGACGGUGCCUGGCACUUUGUAGUAGCCACGGUGGAUAACCAGAGGCUUCGAGUCAACCUGUAUGUUGAUGGUUCAGCAAUCGCAGAGGAUCUUGUUCUUGAUGAUGUGGUACUGGACGGUGACGGUCAGAUGUAUGUUGGAGCUUCUCGACCUGGGAAUGAGCUCUACACCGGGAUGCUACAGGAUGUCAGGAUAUACAACAGUGUUCUUCAAGAGAGAGAGAUGAUGGAACUCCGAAACAACCCUGUUGCCCAGGAUGUCACUCCCAUCUCAGGGACUGUGACCUUUGCCCCCGGUGUGACCUCUGCUGACCUGGAAGUGAACUCGGUACAGGAUGUGGAGGACGAAGGGAACGAGGUGUUCACCCUGUCCCUCAUGUCUGCCAGAGGGGGCGCUGCACUCAGCGACGGUGGAGAUGUGGCUUUACUCUCAGUCUUGAAAAGUGAUAAUGCCAAUGGACUCUUCGGGUUCUCUGGGCCAUGCACUUCCACAAAUGCUUCAACUUCCUCCGCGGAGGCCCUUCGUUUCACCUGUGGGGUCCUCCGUUCCCGUGGCGACCAGGGCAUUGUCACCAUUCCGUGGGAAAUACGCCUCCAGCCCACAGAUACGAUCGCAGAGGAUGACUUCGUUAAUGCCUCGGGCACUGUCGUAUUUGGGAAUGGUGUCAGGGAACAGACUUUCACAUUCACCACUGUGGAUGACCUGGCUCCGGAAGUGCUGGAGGAGUUCAUAGUCUACCUGCUACCCGACCUUCCACUCUCCGAUGACGGUCUCAUCGGAUCGACCAACACCAGCGGGGCCAGCAUCGAUCCCACCGCUGCCACCAACAUAGUGGCCAUCCCGUCCAGCGACAACCCGCACGGUCUCCUUCAAUUUUCCGUCGGCCAGCCACCAAAUCAGACCGAUCCCCUCCUGUCUCCUGAUCUGGGCCUGGUGGAGACCACGGUGAGGGAGGAGGAAGGUGUGGCCAGGCUCCUUGUAGUCAGAGCCCAAGGGUUGCUGGGGGAUAUCACGGUGGAAUGGCGGACUGUGGAUGGCUCUGCUGUGUCUGCCGGAAAGAAUCCGAUAGACUUUGUGAGUGCAGGAGGCACCCUUCAGUUCUCCGACCAGCAGCGCUAUGCCUUCAUCUCCAUCAGUAUUGUAGAUAAUGAUAUCGCAGAACUUGAGAAGUCUUUCCAAGUUCAACUUUCAAGUCCUACAGAAGGAGCUCAAAUUGGACCAGCCUCCACAAUAGAAGUAGUCAUCCUCCCGUCAGAUAAUGCCUAUGGAACGUUUGAGUUUGAUUCACAAUCUCUGUUUGUGACGGUUGAAGAGCCUGAACCUCUCCAGACUAAUGACGUCACCUUGCAGGUGAUACGUCUUGGUGGAGCACUGGGUGAGGUCAUGGUCUUCUGGUCGGUGACCUCUGACCCCAUGAACCCUAAUGCCCUCGUCAGCAGCGACCUCGUGACCUCUUCUGGCAACGUGACCUUUGAUGUGAAUCAGAUGACAGCUGAAAUUGUGAUAAAUGUUCAACCUGAUAGUGUUCCCGAGUUGGAUGAACUAUUCAAUGUCAACCUAUUCAUGGCCACCGACGGUCAAAUUGGCAACGCUUCGCAAGCAGUGCUGUUAAUCAGUGCUAAUGAUGAUCCGUAUGGAGUGUUUGUGAUGGACCCGCAGUCCCGAGUUGUCAUGGCAACAGAAGAAAGCACUGAAGUGACUCUACAGAUUUUGCGAGACAGAGGCCAAGAUGGAGAUGUCCAAGUGAUGUAUGCCACUCUGAAUUUCAAUGAAGAGCUUACCAACCUUCCAGCACAUGUUAGGAGAGCCGAGGAGGGAGAGGACUUUGUAGCGACGCAAGGUAUGGUGUUGUUUCUGGCUGGUCAAGAGACGGCCAAUGUCACCAUCCAGCUUCUCGACGAUGCCAUUCCCGAGACGGAGGAGAGUGUCUUUGUCUAUAUCAUCAGUGCCACGAUUGUCAAUCCUGCUCAGAACAACCCAGUGGCAAAUUCUCCCAGAGUUGGAACUGAGAACAUCGGUGAGGUGAAGAUCAUCGCCAAUGACAAUGCAAAUGGCGUUCUACAGUUGUCGUCAGAUCAAGUUUAUGUGAUGGAGGGACAGACCCAAUCUGUUAUUAAUGUCACUCGAUCAGCCGGGACAUUUGGCACUGUGACCGUCAAAUUCCAAACCAUCCCUGGAACCGCAGAGGUCGGAGUUGAUUACUCGGUGACUUCAACCGACGUCAUCCUGUAUGACGGCGAGACGACCAAGCCCCUCCCUCUAGAGGUCAUCAAUGACCAGACUCCGGAGGUCGCAGAGACAUUCAGGGUCGUCUUGUUGGAGCAGAUUACAGGGGGCGCUGUUCUGGGGUCACCGGAUGAGGCAGAGGUCAUUAUUGAGCAGUCCGAUGACCCAUAUGGGAACUUUGGAUUUGGAUUUUCUAGUCAGAUUGUGACUGAACCAGAGGAAGGAGAGACAAGACAGUUGACGCUCAGCGUCAUCAGGAGUGGCGGUACCAUCGGUGUUGUGGCUGUCGAGUGGCAAGCAACAAUCAAUGGUGAGCUAGCCGUAGAUGAUGUCUUUCCUACCGGAGGAACCCUUUACUUUGUAUCCAACGAUGUUACAAGGACUUUCACGCUCAAUAUUCUGCCUGACGAUGUACCAGAAGAAAGAGAGAAUGUUGUACUGCUCCUGGUGAAUGCUACCGGCGGAGGAGUGGUCGGAGACCAACCUGAAGCCAUCAUCAGUGUAGAAGCUAAUGACAAUCCUCAUGGCACGGUGGAGUUUGCCUUGGAAGAUAACCUCGUCCAGGAGACGGAUCAGCAGGAUGAGAUCGCUGCAUUGAGGGUCAUUAGGAGUGGGGGAAACUUUGGCACCCUUGAAGUGACCUACAGCACCAUGACCCUUGACAUCAUCUCAGAAGCCACGCUCGAUGGCCAGACUCCGGUCAGUUACUACCAGUCACCAAUAGAGGGCAGUCUUCAAGUGGCCAAGACGUCCUUCGAUGUCUCCUCCUUCUCCAACACGCUCCAGGGCUGUGCCGAGACCUGUCUCCGCCAGCAGGCCUGUGGUGCCUUUGAGUACCGCGCCAUAAAUAUGACGGUGCUGUGUCUUCUGACAGUGUCUUCGGGCACCGAGAGUGUUGACCUGAAUACAGGGUUCAUGCUUUACUUGAAGGACAGUGUCAAGACUCAAGCCUUGUAUGCGAGCCAGGCCAUCGCUGGUGUCGACUACGAACCGGUGACCAGCGGAACGUUCCUGAUCGGAGAUGGAGAAUCAGAAAGCUUCGCUCAAGUCAUGAUCCUCAACGACACCUUACCGGAACAGGAUGAAGCGUUUGGGCUGAGCCUGAUGUCUGUUCGCGUACGGAACAACAGCCCCUCCCCUCUAAACCUUCCAACCCUUGGCGAUCGUCGGUCCACCCGUGUGACCAUAGAGAACAACGACGAUGCUAACGGUGUAUGGAGGCUGUAUAGUAACAGCCCAGAUGCAACCGACGGCGGUCAGAUGCUGGCCAUCGAGGAGCAGCCUGGUCUCAGUGUCAGUGUGGAGCUUGUUAUUGAGAGAGGGGGUGGAAAUAUCGGCGAAGUGGCUAUCUCUUGGAUGAUAUCUGGAGGGAGUGCUACUAGCGGGUUGGAUUACUCUGCCAGCGGUGGAACCCUGACUUUCACCUCUGGUCAAACCAGACAAGUCAUAAACGUUGGUAUCCGUGAUGAUGAAAUACCUGAGAUCGACGAGUUCUUCACUGCCCAACUUUACAACCCUGGAGGGGGCAGUGUUCUUGGACCCGACAGCAAUGUCACCAUCGUCAUCCUCGCUAACGACUUUGUAGCCGGCAUCCUUCGCUUCUCAACUCUCUCCUAUAUCAUCUCUGAAGGUGAGACGUUCAACGUCACCGUGGAGCGUUCUACCCCUGGCAUGGGUGUGGUGACCGUUGACUGGUCUAUCGAGAGCCCUCAAUCUCUGGAUCCAGAUCUCUCCUUCAGACAAACCAACGGCCAGAUUAUAUUCCAAGAGGGAGAACUGAUGAAGGAAGUUACACUAGAGUCGCUUCCUGAUGAGACACCGGAAACCAACGAGAAUUUCCAGAUCAUCCUCACCAACGUACAGACCACAGGUGUAUCGCCGACCGGAGCAGCGUCGAUCGACCCCCAGGGGGCCAGCGCUUCCAUCAACAUCGGGGCCAGUGAUGAGCCUCAUGGGGUGUUCAGCUUCGCCCAGGGGUCCCUUCAGGUGGCCACGCCCGAAGGAGAUCGCUUGGUGCAGCUCUUUGUGGAGAGGAAGUAUGGAGCCAUUGGUCAAGUACGCGUGUCAUACACUAUAUCCCAAGGAUCCUUAGACCCUACCAAGCCGGCCAAUGAGAGGGCUCUGAACGGGUCCGACUUUGUGGGCGGGGCCGGAUUCGUGGACUUUUCCGACGGGUCGUCUUCCGAGUCCAUCUCCAUCCUGAUCAAUGAAGACGACAUUCCCGAACUUGAUGAGGUAUUCCUCGUCACGUUGAACAGCGUGGAACUACUGGGAAGUGUGGAUGUGGAUACACCCCCUAAACUGGACACAGUUGACCUUGUGUCAGAGGUCACCAUAUCAGCCAAUGACGGCACCCAAGGGGUCAUCAGGUUCGACACCAUGGUAACCAAUAUUGAUGUAUCGGAGGAUGUGGGGUCGGUAGACGUGACCGUACUGAGAGACCAAGGAACCUACGGAGAGGUCUCUAUCUUCAUCUACAGUCAACCUGUCACUGCAAGGAAAGGAGACGACUACCAGUUUGACGAUCAGGUGCUUUUGUUUGGGGAUGGUGAGAGUACCAAGACUGUUACCUUGAGCAUUGUCAAUGAUGCCAUCGCAGAGGAUGGCGAAACCUUGGAACUCUUUCUCAACAAUCCUACCGGUGGUCUGGAUCUUGGAGAACCUGUCAGAGUGUUGGUGACAAUCGAAGCCAACGACGAUGCCUUUGGGAUCGUCUACUUUGUGGGUGAUCAGACCAUCGCCAUCGAUGAGCCGACGCCUGCCUCCACGGCGAAUAGCGUGGCUCGUUUUGCCGUCCUGAGAGACAGGGGCACCUUUGGCCAGAUUGAUGUUCCAUUUGAAGUGAUCGGUGGGGAUGGUGACCUUUCACCUACGACUGGCUUCGUUACCUUUGGCCCCGGGGCUCAGGCUGCAGUUCUUCAAAUUGCUGCUGUGGUGGACAACAUCCCAGAGCUGGAUGAGGAGUUCCAAGUUUUCCUCCGCGAGCCAACAGGGGGCGCUAAGCUUGGGAGUACAACCAAUGUUACCAUCAUCAUCCGGGAAAAUGAUGCUCCGUAUGGCUCUAUGCAGAUCUUCCCCUAUGGUUCAAGUUCAUCUUCGGUUGAGGUGGAAGAGUCUUCGGGUACAGUAUAUUUCACCGUGGCCCGGGGAGGAGGCGACAUAAGCACCGUCACCGUGGACGUGUCAACUCAACCCGGUACAGCCAUUGCAGCUGAUGGUGACAUCCCUGUCUUGGCCAACACCCAGAACAUCACUGGCGUGGGUGUCCGGUCAUGGCUUCCCUUCACGUCCAAUGGGGAGUCCUUCCUACUCCUCCUCAGCGAUUCCAGGACCGAUCCACUCACCACGGGGGUGAACAGCGAUGGUUCGGAGGGACCACCCGACAGUAGCGAUGUGAUGGGAUCCAUGCUGUUCAGAUGGCAGGGCGUCUUUGUGCCUGUACAGACAUUGGAGACCGAUGGGGCUGUCAGGGCUGCAUCUACGGUAGUCGGAAGUGACACAACUCUCAUUGCCAUUGCUAACAUGGGAGCUAGUGGACGUCGUCAGACCUCAUCGCGUAUCUACAGACUCAAUGCUAAUGGGUCGUUGACUGUGAUUCAAGACAUCUCAACUGUUGGCGCGUCUGAUGUGGAGUUCUUCAAUCUCGGAUCAGACACCUACCUUGCAAUAUCCCAGCUCAGGAGCAACAACGGACAGACCCUUUCCAACUCUGUCAUCUAUCUCUGGAACGGUGUCAGUUUUACCCAGAGUUCCCUGUUCAGCUCCAACGGGGCCUCUGCCGUAGAUUCCUUCUCAAUCAACGGCAACCAGUACUUGGCUGUGGCAAAUUAUUACGACUCUUCGCUGGCCUCGUAUGAAAUCAUGAGUGUGGUGUAUGAAUGGCAAGGUGGUAACUUAGUCCAAGUCCAGCAGAUCUCAACCCAGGGUGCUACUGAUAUCCAAGCAUUCACGGUAGGAUCCAAUGCCUACCUAGCCGUAGCUAAUAGCAGGAAUGAUGUUGGCAACACAGAAAUCGAUUCAGUAUGGCGAAAACGCAUCUACCAGUGGAGUUCAUUGACCUCUCAGUUUGUCCUACACCAGUCCAUCCCCACCCAGGGGAUCCAGUCUCUCAGGGUAUUCAUCACCCAACCUGACGACGUCACUCACCUGGCCCUUGCAAACGCGGAUGGCCCAUCCUCUGUCUAUACCUGGAACACCUUCAACUCCAGGUUUGACCUCCUGGUGACCUCUGACCCGGCCUUUGACCUUGUCCCCCUAGAGGUUGAAGGUAGCACGGUGCCCAUCCUUGCCUCGGCCAACUACGGUGAGGGUGCUUUGGCUGAGAUGUCUUCCAUCUUGCAGCUGACCGGUGUAGCGGAAGACUCGGAUUACGUUCCUUGGUCAACCCGACUGACCUUCACACCCUCGGACACAGAACUCACCUUUGGCGUUUCUCUCCUUGACGACAUCCUCCCGGAGGACGACCAGACCUUCAGCGUCUACCUCUCCAGUCCAACCAACGGAGCCCAGCUGGGCUCUCAGAGCCUGGUCACCGUCGUGAUCACCUCAAACGACGACGCUCACGGAAUUGUGGGAUUUGCGGCAGAGUCCCUGUCGGUUCAGGUGGAGGAGAGGGCCACGGACACGCCGGCGGUGCUGACCGUGGAGAGGCUUGGGGGUACUGCUGGGAUGGUGGUGGUGGAGUGGGAGGCGUUUGGACAGCUUGCUGCUACGGAUGCCAGGCCACUUGUUGGCCAGAUUGAGUUCCAGGACGGCGUCGCCACCGCUCCUCUGGUCAUCACCGUCCUCGCGGAUGACAUCCCGGAACUCGACGAGACCAGCACCAUCCGCCUCACCCGGGUCGUCAACCCGGGAACGACCCGUCCUGGCCGUGGGGCCACCAUCAGUCCGUCGACCGGUUCCGCCGAGCUUCGGGUGUUGGCCAACGACUCCCCUCAUGGGGUGUUUGCCUGGAACCUGGAGUCACUCUACACUGCUGUGGAUGAACCGGAAGGGUCGCAGGGGUCGAGGAGUGUCACGCUGUAUCUGACCAGGGAGCAGGGCUUUACGGGCGUGGUCAAUGUGUAUUACAGCACUUCUGAAGCUGCAGGCCUACCCGACAUCCAGAGAGCCGAGAGUGGAAGUGAUUUUGCUUUGCGACAAAACUUUGUCACCUUUGAAGAUGGUGUCGAUGUUGCCUCCGUGACUGUCAAUGUUUUGCCUGACACCGAUGCUGAAGGUCCAGAGACGUUCUUUGUCAACCUGACAUCGGUGGAGCUUGUGUCAGGUCAGCUGGUCAGUGGAGCGCAACCUAGUAUCAAGAAUGGGCAGGACGUUGCCGAGGUGACCAUCAGACAGAACGACAAUGCUAACGGUAUCCUCCAGCUGAACGUUAGUAAGAACGCCGAUGGUGAUGUGGAGGUCUACGAAGGAUCCGGCACCAGUGGUAUCCUCAACCUCCCGGUGCUGCGUACGGCCGGUGCAAUCGGCACUGUUGGCGUGAGCUGGCUCGCUACCACCGUCAGUGCCUCCACCGCCGACUUCAACCCGCUCUCCGGUAAUGUCACUCUCGUAAAUGGCCAGAGAGCUGCCACCAUUUCAAUCAACAUUGUUGAUGAUCGUAUCUAUGAGGAUGAUGAGAGAUUCACAGUAUCCCUUCACAGCCCAGCUGGGGGCGCUGUUCUUGGUAGUGAGACGUCCAUCAUUGUCAAAAUUCUCAAGAACGACUCCCCUAAGGGUCUCUUUGGAUUUGCCUUUACACAGGAGAGUGUCUCUGAGUCUGGCGGUCCUGUGACUUUCACCGUAGAGAGAACCCAGGGCACCCAAGGGAACAUUGAUGUGAGAUGGGAAGUAGAAGCAGCAGGAAGAAUGGACCUUACCCCUUCGUCUGGAUCUCUCUUCUUUCAACAGGGUGAUGCUAGGAAGUCCAUCAUACUAGAAGCAAUCCAAGACAAUAUACUGGAAGGAGAAGAACGUUUUACUCUUUCCCUCACCUCGGCGACCGUCGAUGCCGAGAUCUCCCCUGUGUAUGGGACAGCUACUGUGGUGAUCCUGGCCAACCCUGACUCAGCUGGUAUGGUCAGCAUCUUACCCGACUCCAGGAAUAUCUUGAUUAGCGAACCCAUGCAGGGAUACGACGGACAGGCCAUCCUACAGUUGACUCGUGGUGCAGGCAUCUUUGGUGAGGUGAGUGUCAACUGGCAGAUCUCUCCGACUGGUGAUAAUGCCUUCCUUGAAACCUCCGGACAGAUUGUUUUCAGAGACAGGCAACAGAAUGCUACUAUAACUAUACAGACCCAGGAUGACUCUAUCCCAGAGCUGAGGACCACCUACACGUUAGUCCUGGCCUCGGUUACAGGAGGUGCCUCCAUUGACUCCACCUCCGGUGGUAACCAGGCAACCAUCGUCAUGGUAGCCAGUGACAACCCCUUUGGUGUUUUUGAGUUUGACCUGCCCUCCGAGGUCACCAUCAGUGAGGAACAGAAUUUGGUAUCCAUACCCAUCGUGCGAAACGCAGGCAUCUUUGGCUCUGUCCAAGUCUCCUACACCACUACCCCUUACACCGCCCAGGAGGGGGUGGACUUUGCACCCUCGACCGGAGCCUUGACCUUCUCAGAGGGGGUCGACAGCCUGGACGUCACCAUUGCAAUCCUAAAUGAUGAUAUUCCAGAAGGACCAGAGGCGUUCUGGCUCAACAUCACUGACGUUCGUCUCCUUACACCAACAAAUGUUGAUUAUACACCGGUCAAUGGCCUCCAGCCCGACAUGCAGCCAUCACUUGGUUCCCUGUCUGUAAAGACUAUUCUUAUUGGUGCUAAUGAUAAUGCAGAAGGGAUCAUUGACUUCAGCAAGUCUCUGUACGAAGUCCAAGAGGACAUAGGUACAGCCAUGAUUCCUGUAGUCCGCAGUGCUGGUAACUUUGGUCUGAUCAGCGUGUCCUUCGAGGUAGAGCCUCUGGAUGCCACACCCGGGGGUGUCGAUUUCCUCCUGACCAGCGGCAAGAUCACCCUGUCCGACGGGCAAUCCGAAGCCUUCAUCCCCGUCACCAUCAUCGACGACACCCUCAAGGAGUUCUCCGAGUCUUUCAACAUCCGGCUGACGGGAACGGAAGGGGGUGCCCUCCUCGGGGGUAACCUCACGGCGACGGUGGUGAUAUCAAAGAGCGAUGGUCCUGAUGGUCUCAUCGGCUUCACCUUGUCCAACCUUGACAGGGUGAUUGCUAAUCCUCCUAAUGACAGGGAUUUGACCUUCACCAUAGAACUCUCCGGAGGUCUGGAUCAGUAUUUGGUUGGAACUGAGGUUCGCUGGAGGAUACUCGGUCCCAACACAGACUCCAUCCUACAAACGACCGAUGAUAUCUCUACCCCAGGUGGCUUCCUCCAAGGGUCAGUGACCUUUGGCCCAGGUCAAAGAGGGUCAAGGACCUUUGACCUUCAGGUCAAGUCAUACGUAGGACCUGAAGUGGAAGAGGUGUUUAUAGUAGAGAUCUACCAGCUUGUCAGUACAGGAGAGAUUGACAAUGGACGAAGGCAAGCUAGGCUUACGGUUUUGAAGCAUGGAGACCCUAAUGGAAUAGUUCAGUUCACCGCAGAAUCUGUGCAGCCUCGAUACUUUAAUGAGCCGUCCGAUGGCAGCCCGUCUCAGAAGGUUGCCUUCCCCCUCAGCAGACGAGAGGGACUGAUAGGAGACAUACGGGUGCACUGGGAGGUAAGGGAUUCCUCUGGCAGACCCAUGCCAUCUGACAUAUCACCUACCAACGGCACUGUCGAGUUCCCUGAGAGCAUCGCUACCGCGUCCAUCCUUCUUGAGGUACUCCCUGAUGCCCUACCAGAGUUGGAAGAGGGGUUCACUGUUACCCUUGUUUCUGCCGAUGGGGGUGCGGAGAUCGACCCUGUCCUCCAUACAUCUGAGUUUUAUGUCAAUGCUAAUGAUGAUCCUCAUGGUAUCUUCAGUGUGGAUGAUGAGAGUCAGACCAUCGUCUUGGCUCGUAACAACAGACGUCGUCUUCAACUCACCGUUGACAGGUCAGCUGGAACUGUGGGGGCUGUUCAGAUUGGCUACCAACUCCAGUAUAACGAUGGUGUGACUGGUGCAUAUGUGCCGAGCAGUGGAUCUGUGCUUUGUGAAGAUGGCCAGACUCAGUGUGAGGAGCAAGUAGCCCUUCUAAACAAUGAUGUCUUCUUAGCCCAAGGUUCGACCUUCACUCUCAAUAUCACCUCGGUCACUUACAUGGGAACAGAUACACCUGUCAUACCACCAUCGAUAGAUCUAAGCAGUGAUAGCGCCACCAUUGUCGUACCAGAGGAAGUUGCCAAUUCACAGGUUGGAUUCAGUGAGACAGGGAUCAUGGUUGAUGAUGCAACUCUGGAGGUGACGGUCACCAUCCAGCGUCUGGGUACGUACGGUAACGUGGAUGUUACAUGGCAGAUGGGAUACAAACCAGGGGAAAUCCCUGCAGGCUUCAUGGACGGUGUCGUGACCCCGAGCACGGGUCAGAUCAGGCUCGUCCAAGGAGAGUCUACCGAGACAUUCACCGUCACGCUGAGCCCGACUGGUUUAGACACCGAACUCUUCGCUGUGCACAUCACCAAUGUUUUCUCCAACGUCGCUGGCGGUGCCGUGGCUUGGGAUGACUAUGACACGGCUCGGAUCGAUCCGUACGGCAUCGUAGGGUUCAGCGAUGGCUCGAGACAGGUCGUCGUUCAAGAAACAGACCAACAGGUAUCUCUAGAGAUAGAGAGAGCAGUGGGUACAUUGGGCAGUGUCCGCGUCACCUACAACACCGUUGCUUACACUGCUAUACCGGGUGAAGAUUACACUGCGGUUACCAGUGGUGCCAUGACCCUCGCCAACACACAGCGCAGUGCGACCAUCAUUGUACCGCUCUUGGAGGACACAGAACCAGAGCUGGAUAAGAUAUUUUUUGUCAAUAUCACGAGUGUGCAGAGACUCCCUAUUGGAUCAGGGCAAGGUCCCAGUCCCAAGCUCAGCUCUAUCUACUCGACGGCCGAGGUCACCAUAGAGGGUAGUAACGACCCGUACGGCGUAUUAAGCAUUGUCCCUGUUACCAUGGUAACGAUUGAAGCUGAAGAUGCCAGCAAGACGCUCACAUUUACCGUCCAAAGAACAGGAGGCUCAUAUGGAACCAUCCGUGUCAGAGCUCGAACCGUUGGCGGUGGCGAGUCUUGGCAGGGCUCCCUCGUUGGUCAAGUCUCCAACAGGUCAAAUACGAUUGAGGAGGCCUUGGCUAACGCGCAGGGACAGAAACUUGCCGAGGUUGAUGCUGAUUACCAACUUCUGGAGGAAGAAUUGAUAUUGAAUGAAGGAGAGACAAGCACAAGUAUAUACCUGACAGUCAACAGUGAUGACGUCCCAGAACCAGAUGAAGUCUUCUUCAUCUAUCUUAGCCAACCCGAGGGCGGGGCACGCAUCGCUCAGGGGGACAGUGACGGGGGAUUGAAGGGAUUUACUGAAGUGAUAAUCGCCGGCAACGACAAUUACAAUGGCAUCAUAGGAUUCAGUGACAUCUCGCUUUACGUCACCGUCUACGAGGACGUGAACCCUGUUGUGACACUUACUCUGGAUCGUGGAGAAGCUUUCUUUGAAAAUGUCACAGUCGACUGGCGAGCCAUGUACAGCCAAUCGGAGGAUGUUGCAAGUAACCGUGACCUCUCUGCUCAGCUGGAAAAGGUCGUGGGUGAGGUCACCUGCGAGGGCGGCAUGCGCUACUGUUCCCUCCCCAUCACCCUCGUGGAUGACGAGGAUCCCGAGUUUGCCCAGUCCUUCCUGGUUGAGCUGACAGGAGUGGGAGAGGGCGCUGUCCUGGCUGCCAGCUCCAGGUUGUUUGCCAACGUCACCAUGGCUGAUAGUGACUUCCCCAAUGGACUUCUGCAGUUCUCUCGAGAAUCAAGGCUUGUGAGUGUUGACACCUCUCCUGUCGAGGUCAGCCUGACCGUUGAGAGGGUCGGAGGGACAUCCAAGACCGUUAGGGUCAGUUGGUCCACCGGUCAGCUCCAGUCGCCUACCACCACAGCGGGUGUGACGAUCUAUCCAGCCAUUGGGGGUGCAGAGUUUACCUCGCAGGCCUCUACCUUGGUCUUUGCUCCUGGACAGCGUCGUCUGACGAUCACCAUCACGCUGACACCCGACAACCCACCCUCGUCAGAGAACUUCCCCAAGCAGUUCCAAGUCAGGCUUAUCACAGCUAAUAAUGGAGCAAGUGUGGAAAGCACUUAUGGUAUAGCUGAUGUGGUCAUUAGUGAAGAUAUGACCACGUCCGAGCUUUGGGAUACCUGGUACUCCGCACUGACCGACACUGGCAACUCUGGUAUUUACAAUGUUUUACAGAGUCUAUCGGACCAUGUGAGGCUGGAUCUAAGCAGCAACCAGCUUGCCUUGGUAACUGACAGUCUUAACAGCAUCGUGGCAGAAGGUUAUAAGAGGCGGUUGCCAAAUGACAUUCAGAACCAGAUGAUGAGUCUCUACUGCACCUUGAUGAUGCCCACCAGGUCGGACAGCCGUGGCGUCUAUGCCUUGGCAGAAUCCUUCACGGCGUUCUCCUACACCCUCGUGACAGGAUCAGAGUGCGAGACCAUGGAACCGAGGAUUAUGGAGUGUGAUCUCGCUAAGCUGGAGGUGGCAAGGUGGCUCCCCGAUACGGUCAAUGGGCAUAGAUUCGAUGGGAAGGAGAAUAACUUCUUCACUCUACCUACUGAUCUAUUGAAUGCGGAGCUUCAUGGAAAGAGUUCCAGUGACCCCAAGUGUGAGGAUGUGCACUUUAUUGAGUACAACAGUCAACAAUGGUUCCAUGGCAACGAUGGCUUGGAAACACUGAAUGAACAGGUCUUGUCUGUGGGUAUCAGGGGAGCAGAGAUGAAUUUCACCAACCUGUUGACACCGGUCCAAUACCGCAUCUCCACUGGCGGCUCUAGGGUCACCCCCCUUGGAGCAUCGUGUAUCCUGUACAACGGUCCUUCACGUCAGUGGCUAACCAGCUUCUGCAGUGUAGUGUCUGAUGGUGGUGACUUUGUUGAAUGUUCCUGCAAUCAUCUCUCAGAGUACGCAGUCCAGGCUCAGACAGACAACCUGAUUGGAUACAACCAAUACGUCUAUGCGUCCUGCUUCAUCUGCAUUGGUGGUAUGUUCCUGGCACUGGUAGCCCAUUGGUUCUGUGCAGUCCAGUGUAUGUUUGCUGCUAAGCUUCUACUACACCUCUGCUUUUCAUGUAUGGCACUGCAGAUCGUUUUUGUAAUCUCUGCAUACAUCAGUAGUUGGGUUGGUGUUCAAGGAUGUUCAGCUCUGGGUGUCGUCAUGCAUUUCUUCUUCCUCUCUCAGUUCACGUGGAUGCUGAUACAGUCUGUGAACUUCUGGAAGGUAUUCAUUUUGAAUGAUGAACACACAGACCGGUUCUAUGUACUCUUCUUUGUGCUUGGAUGGGCGCUGCCAGCUCUCGUGAUCGUCGUGUACGUGGUGGUGGCAUAUGCCGGCUUAGGAUGGGAUUUCUUCCAAGACAAGUCAUCGGGUACCCUUCAGGCAAUCUAUGGGGAUGUCAAUGGCAAAGAAGACAUAUGUUUCAUGCCCAACGGCUAUGCUGCUCUGGCUACAGCCAUGGCACCCGCUGCCCUGUCUCUGAUUGGUGUCUUUGUAGUGGUCAUACAGGCCUACCAAGUCAAACCGCAGUGGAAGCGAUACGACGAUGUCUACAUGGGCAGCUACAACACCACAGAAUACAAGCUGAUGCUUGUAUUCUGGUUACUCAUAGCAUUUACCUGGCUGUGGGGAGGUCUCCAUAUGGCCUACAGUCAACUAUGGCAACUUAUCCUCUUCUGCAUCUUUAAUAUACUACAGGGUCUGUACGCCUUCUUCUUCUACACCGUGCUACGUAACCAACUCUGCCGACACCCCUCCAAGGGGAACUACACCCUGAAUGCUUAUGACAACACUGGACUGAUCCUGGACAAUAGCCACACCUACUCCAGUCAGAAUCUAGUGGCCCUGCCCCACGAGAAGGGCUCCUUGUCCAAGAAUGGUACCCUGACCAAGCUGGAGGCUCAGCAGAUGAUCGAUAGGGCUAUGAGUCAGAUGAGCCAGCAUGGAGAGCUUGAGUGGGAUCGACAUUCUGUACACAGUCACCACAGCAUCCUAAACACCAAGACCCCAUCUAUACAAGGGAGCAACCUCUACGCCCCCGCUCCCUUCCAAGACGCCCUCCCUACCGCUGCCCCACCCCUCCCACAGGUCCGCCUCCACCCCUCGCCACCCGUCCCUCCCCCACCCCCAGCUCCCGCCAUCAUGGAGCAGGACGACGACACCGAGUCGCAGGACUUUGACGAUCUCAUCUUCGCGCUCAAGACGGGCGGGGCUUAUCAACUGGCGGAUUCCUCGCAGGAGAGACCGCGAUCGAGGGCUUCCAGCUCCCCGCCGAAUCAGUCGUGGAAGGAACAGGAUGAGAUAUCACCGGUAUUAAGAGUGUCGCCCGACAGUGAAGAUCAUUAUCAAAUGAGACGGAUCAAUAUCGCCGAUACUCAUUUAUGAUCUACCCCCUUAGUUAAACUCUUUGCCCGUCAGGGACAGAAUCACUCCAGUGCCACAUUAAUUUCAAGGUGCAACCUUUAGAGGGGUUUUGCAUGGACUAUGCUAAUUCAGCUCACAAAAGCUUUUGAUUGGCUUAUUGUAAAGAAAAGCUUUGUGUGUACACAGUAAAGCGAUGCACACAUCACUAUUGUGUAUGAACAACAGACUUAAUGCACUCUGUGUGUAUUGUGAAUAGAAUGUGACUCGAGUCGAAACUGGCAGUCUGCUGUACGUGACUCUUGUCAAACAAAGCGGGCAAAGAGUUGUUGUGGGGUGUUGCAUCGAAAGCCUCUUUCUAUCAAUUUUGUGAUUGAGUCGAUCAGGAUCGGCUGCAAAUUAGUUGCUACUCGACUUUCUUGCAACUCUCCACAAGUCAUCCAUUCAGGUUUUGUGUAAUAAGAACUGCCAUGUGUUAGAUGUAAUUCCAAUGAACCAUUUUUGAUAGAAUAACUGUAAGAAAGUUUUGAAACAUAGAGUUACUUUUGUAAUAAAGAAAUAGAAAACAGUAAGCGAUUAAUAUAUUCAUGAAUGAAAUGUUUUCUUCCUUUUUUAAUAGAAAGUAGAGAUACCAAUUCUCGUGUUUGUAGGCUGUAUGUGAUGUUAAAUAUACUGCACCAUCAUAUUUAUUACUUGAUCAAUGAUUUUGUAAUUGAAUUACUCAGUACUGAAGUGAAUAUUCUCAAAAGCCAGACGUGCUAUUGAAUUAAUUGUAUUCAAGAUGUAUUUCACUCUUGUUCCAGGGGAUUGGAAUGUAUUUGUAUUUAAUCAUUUUCUUGCCUUAGAAUCAGCGGAUGUGUAAUUCAUUGUGGUGCAGCGAUUAUGUACAUAUAAUAUCAGCUCUGCCCAGGCCGGAAUCACAGGCUUGGUUGAAAUUUAACUAACGUAAGCACCGAUAUCACAGGGUUUGUGAAGGUUUUGCAAGAAAGCAAAUGAAUAGGUCUAACACUCAUACUUUACGCAAGAAACGAGUGUCUUUCGUUUGGAAGAAGUACUCGUGAAUGAAAAGUGACUCCAAUUCAAACCCCACAAACUAUCUGCAGGGCUUCCGAUUAUUUUGCACCAUUUUGAUGCAUGAAAAUAAAUUUUGGGCUUAUAAUUUGCAUCCUCGCUAAUCGUUUGAGAG